UAGCGGGGUUGGAGGGCGUGAUCGUGGAGGGGGCGAUCCGAGGCGUCACACGCGGCUGUUGGGGAAUGCCCAGAAGCAGAACCUGCCGCUUGCAGAUAGAUGGGGAGCUGGUAAUUCGGGACUGGUACGAGCUUGGGAGCUCGGGAUGCUAGCAGUGCCUCUCCACCCCCACCCCCGCAAAAAGAAACCCCAAAACCUGGCUGUCCCUAAAGAUAUUUUGUACUGAACUGCAACCCCUAUCGUUCCUGACCGUUGACGGUGUCCACUGGUGUAGAUGGGAGUUGCAGUCCGGUAAUUUCUGGAGGGCACCAGGUUGGGAAAUCUGCUUGUGAGGAGGUUUCCGGGUGCAUCGCUAUAUGGUGGCUGUUGCAGGGAAAGUGCAAACCAGAUGGCAUGAACGUCCUUUUCAUCAUCGCUGACGAUCUGCGGCCUGCGUUGGGCUCUUACGGCGACACAUUAGUGAGAUCUCCCAACAUUGAUCAGUUGGCUUCGCGCAGUGUUGUGUUCCAAAAUGCUUUUGCACAACAAGCUGUCUGUGCCCCAAGCAGAGUGUCAUUCCUCACUGGGCGGAGACCUGACACCACCAGGCUCUAUGAUUUUCAUUCCUACUGGAGGUUGCAUGCGGGAAAUUAUACCACGUUGCCGCAGUACUUCCAGGAAAAUGGCUACAUCACCCUCUCUGUAGGGAAGGUGUUUCACCCAGGGGUUUCAUCAAACCAUAACGAUGACUAUCCGUACAGCUGGACCACCCCUGCUUUUCAUCCCUCAUCCGAAAAAUACGAAAACACAAAGGUUUGCAGAGGGAAAGAUGGAGAACUUCACACCAACCUUAUCUGCCCAGUGGAUGUUUCAGAGAUGCCUGAGGGGACCUUGCCAGAUAUCCAGAGCACCGAGGAAGCGAUUCGUUUAUUGAACAUUGUGAAGGAAAGUGAGAGCAAGUUCUUCCUUGCUGUUGGGUACCACAAACCCCAUAUUCCAUUCAGGUACCCCCAGGAAUUUCUCAAAUUAUACCCCUUGGAAAACAUCACACUGGCCCCAGAUCCUGAUGUUCCUAAAGGGCUCCCUUCUGUGGCCUACAAUCCCUGGACGGACAUCAGGCAUAGGGAGGAUGUUGCAGCACUGAACAUCAGCUUCCCUUAUGGGCCAAUUCCAGAAGACUUCCAGCGGCAGAUUCGUCAAAGCUACUUUGCAUCUGUCUCUUAUGUGGAUACGCUGGUUGGGAGGUUGCUAAGUGCCCUAGAUGACCUGGAGCUGUCCCACAACACAAUCGUAGUGUUUACUGCAGACCAUGGCUGGUCACUUGGCGAACAUGGCGAAUGGGCGAAAUACAGCAACUUUGAUAUCGCGACCCGGGUGCCACUGAUGUUCUACGUUCCAGGAAUGACAGCCCCCACCUCUCACCUGGGAGAGAAGAUUUUUCCUUUCAUCGAUCCCUUCACACAGGUUGCAAGCCCUGUUGCACAAGGCAAACCCAGAGAAAUUGUUGAGCUGGUGUCCCUCUUCCCAACGCUUGCUGAGCUCGCUGGAUUAAAAAUCCUCCCUGUAUGUCCCCAGCCUUCAUUUCACGUCUCCCUGUGUACUGAGGGGCAAAGCUUGCUGCGUUAUUUCCCAUCCAUCCAUGGAGGCCAAGAAAACAACGGCAAAGGAGCGAAGGGCUCGGAUCCCCCGGUUGCCUUCAGCCAGUAUCCCCGCCCAGGAGACACUCCAGAUUGGAACUCUGAUCUGCCACUGCUUAAGGACAUAAAAGUGAUGGGUUAUUCCAUACGUACUGCUGACUACAGGUGUACGCUGUGGCUUGGGUUCAACCCCAGCAACUUCACGGUGAAUCUGAAUGACGUCCACGGAGGGGAGCUGUAUUUCACAGCGAGUGAUCCCAGUCAAGACCAUAACAAGUACAGAAGCGUCAUGCAUGGCUCCUUGGCCAAAAAGCUUUGCAACGUCUUGGAGCGCUGAAUUUGGGGUUUGCUUCCUCUUCUGUAAGACAUUGCUGCUCAUCUAGUAGAAGGCAUACAGACAUUUGCAUUAUACGCAAAGACGGGGUCUUCAAUUGUAGCUGUCCUUGGAGCCAAAUCUGAAAUGUGCUGUGUUCUUGUGUACCCCCCCCCCCCAAGUAUUCUUAAAUUCUUAAUAAAGAUCCCCCCCUUUACUAUGACCAUUGAGCUAUUGAGUGACAUCUUCUCUCAACUCGACUAGUAGUCUUUUAAAGGCAUCUAAGCUAGCGGACACCAUUUACAUUUUAUGGCAGUGAAUUCUGCAAAUCCAUCUUUAUAUUAAAAACUUCUUUCCAUAAACACCUUGUAUGUC